AUUGGAGAUAUAUUUCCACAGCAUCUGGCUUUUCUUGUUCCUGAUCUGAAGUCAGUAAAUGUAACUGCUGUCUUCUGGAGGACUGUCUACAAGAGAGAAGCUUCUCACAUGGUUCCGUGUAAGUGGGCUCCACGACAGAAGUCAACCCUUCUGUAAAUCACCCGCUCUGGUUAUGAUGCUCUGAGUUCAAUAUAUCUGAACUGUUGCUGUCUAUGGAUCUGCUCUAAACCUUAUAGCCUGCUUAUGGGGGAAGGUGACGCCUUCUGGGCCCCGUCUGUCCUUCCUCACAGCACCCUGAGCGCCUUAAGCCACCACCCCCAGCCACAUUUUGGCAGAAGGAUGGAGUCCAAGGUCUCAGAAGGUGGCCUGAACGUGACCCUGACCAUCCGCCUGCUGAUGCAUGGAAAGGAAGUUGGAAGCAUCAUCGGGAAGAAAGGAGAAACUGUGAAGAAGAUGCGUGAGGAGAGUGGUGCCAGGAUCAACAUCUCAGAGGGAAACUGCCCAGAGAGGAUUGUGACCAUCACAGGCCCGACAGACGCCAUCUUCAAGGCCUUUGCCAUGAUUGCGUACAAGUUUGAGGAGGACAUCAUCAACUCCAUGAGCAACAGCCCUGCCACCAGCAAGCCCCCAGUGACGCUGAGGCUGGUGGUGCCCGCCAGCCAGUGUGGGUCCCUGAUUGGCAAAGGAGGCUCCAAGAUCAAGGAGAUCAGGGAGUCCACAGGUGCCCAGGUGCAGGUGGCUGGGGACAUGCUGCCUAACUCCACGGAGCGGGCAGUGACCAUCUCGGGGACCCCGGACGCCAUCAUCCAGUGUGUCAAGCAGAUCUGCGUGGUCAUGCUGGAGUCCCCACCGAAAGGUGCCACCAUUCCCUACCGCCCAAAGCCCGCCUCCACCCCUGUCAUUUUUGCAGGUGGUCAGGUAAGAGCCGACCCGCUCGCGGCCUCCACUGCCAACCUCAGCCUUUUACUGCAGCACCCGCCGCUGCCCGCCUACACAAUCCAGGGACAGUACGCCAUCCCCCAUCCAGAUCAGUUGACCAAGCUCCACCAGUUGGCCAUGCAGCAAACCCCCUUUCCUCCCCUCGGACAGACCAACCCCGCUUUCCCCGGAGAAAAGCUGCCUUUACACUCCUCCGAAGAAGCUCAAAAUCUGAUGGGCCAGUCGUCAGGUCUGGACACCAGCCCACCAGCCAGCACUCAUGAGCUCACCAUUCCCAAUGAUCUGACAAUAGGAAGCACAGAUUUGAGAGUUCAGGGAGAUCACCAGUCCUGUGUGUGGAAGUGGAUGGUUGAAUGGGAGAAAAAGAAGCUGAAGAUAGCAGGUAGCCAAAGGAGAGGACCAUGAGGCCACCUGGCUGGCCACCAUUGGCCACCAUUGGCCACCCCUGAAGAGCCGUCUUCAUUUGAGCCCCUUGUGGCAGUGCACACUCUAGGCCUUCUGUCCUGGCCACUGGUCAGCACAGAGUCCCCAUGUCUGCUCACAGAAGCUCAGGACACUCACAGUCCAGGCAGCAUUGUGGUACAGGCUUCUGGCAUCCUCGAAGAUUUCUGAGGUUGGCCCAACUUAAAAGGCAGCAGCACAGAGCCAUCUCCCCAGGUGUGGGGUGCACAGCCACCUGGUCCCUGCAUUGUUGGAGGGAGGAGACUUCUGCUUCUUACCCCCAGCCCCUUCUCUCACUGCAACGGCUCCAUGAGCAUGUGGUUUCUGGCAUCCUCCUGUGUCUUCUCCUCCAGGUUGUAAAGCCAGCAGGUCUUCCCUGUGGGGUUUUCCUUUCUUGCUGAAUCAGUGUUCACUAACACCAGCUUUGGUGCCCUCAUCCAAGCACUCAUUUAAAAUGGAAAUGAGCUUUAAGAGGACGAGGCAUCUUUGGAGAGCUGGUUACCCUGUUUCCUGGGGUGUCCUUCAUACAAACGGAUGCUGGUUUUCCCAGCUCUUCACUACCCACUUGCCAACCUCCUCCUGGGGAUCUUCCUAGGGAAGGGACCUGCUUCCCAGAAGGAAGGGAGCUUCAUCUUAUCCCGGGCGCUUUGGGCACAGCCUUCCAUGCUUCUUUAUGGAAAGGGCUGUUGACGGCACUGUCAGGGCUUUCGCUGCCAGCCCCAGAUUUCGUGGGGAAAUGUAUCUGGGUUGCACCAAAGCUGAUAUUCCUCACUGGGUGGCUGCCUGCUACCUUCUUGGAGAAAAGGAAGAAAUAAAAUGUGUGCGCUUGUUCUGAA